GUCUCCCAAUGACUGCUGGCCUAAACAAUUCCACUGGUCACAGUUUCUAGCUCUAAACGUGCACUCAUUCUCUCUCUCUCUCUCUCUCUCUCUCCACUCCCCCUCUUCACUUUAUCUCUCUCUACCCUUUGUUUUCUCUCUCUUACUCUGCAUUUCUUGUUCUCAUUCGGAUUUCUCUGGUUCUGUUUCCAUCCCAACUCUCUCUCUCUCACACCAUCUUUUCAACUAUAGCAUUAUUCGGUUUCGUCUUCUCUCUCUUUAUUCACUAUCCCCAUAUAUCUCUCUCGGCUGUACUCUGCAUUCCUCAUUUAUCUCCAUUAUUUGCAUUUUGAGCUAUCUUACCCAACUACCCACCCACCCAAAUGAAGAAGUUUAUAUUGAAAUUGGAUUUAAAUGAUGACAAAGACAAAAGGAAGGCACUCAAGACAGUGGCUACCCUUGCAGGAAUCGAUUCCAUCUCAAUGGACAUGAAGGACAAGAAAUUGACUGUGAUUGGAUCAGUGGACCCUGUAAGUGUCGUGAGCAAAUUGCGCAAAUUGUGGCCAACUGAUAUAAUCUUAGUAGGACCAGCAAAAGAGCCGGAGAAAAAAGAGGAGCCAAAGCAGGAAGAAGGCAAGAAAGAGGAGGAGACUAAGAAAGAGGAAGAGCCGAAGAAAGAAGAAGAAGCCAAAAAGGAGGAGACGAAGAAGGAAGAGGAGAAGAAACCGGAACCGGUGGUAGGAAUUUUGCCCUACGCAUACAGGCCAUAUUAUCCUCCUAUGAACACAUAUUACUAUGCUCAUCAAAGCAUGGAAGAGAAUCCGAAUGCUUGUGUCAUCUGUUAAGUUGGUAAGCAAAUAUAUCCUGUGAGUGUUUUUUUAGUUGGUAUCGGAUUUGUGAGAACAUCCAAGAACAUAGGAAGAUCUUGUGUAUAGUUUGUCAUGUUUAUAUAGGUUUGUCAAAAUUAUAUGAUGUGUAGGGAGAAACUAAAUAAAUUUUGGUAAUGAUUCCGAAUGCUUAUAGCAAAUGUUCUUAAUUUGUAUUAUAUGCUUUAGUUAUUUUUUGUAACGGCAUUUUCUCUCCAAUCUUUAAAUUGGUAGGUUCAAAUGCACGAAAUAAUAUACAGUUAGUUUUGCUUAA